CGCAGUGCGCACGCGCCGCGGGCAGCUUGCCGCCGCGUCUGACUGGCCUCCGUGCUGUGUGUCCAUGGCGCUGGCAGCGGGAGCACAGAGUCCCUCUCGCGCCGAGCCUUCGGGGCCAUGUGUAGUGACUUCCGUAGGUCAGAGUCUGGGACCGAGCUGCUUGCCCGACUUGAAGGUAGAAGUUCCCUGAAAGAAAUAGAACCAUGCCUGUUUGCUGAUGAAGAGUCACCUGUGUGUGGUGAUAUUCUUGAAUUUCAUGGUCCCGAAGGAACAGGAAAAACAGAAAUGCUUUACCAUUUGACAGCACGAUGUAUACUUCCAAAAUCAGAAGGCGGAUUGGAAGUAGAAGUGUUAUUCAUUGACACGGAUUACCACUUUGACAUGCUCCGGCUUGUUACAGUCCUCGAGCAUAGGCUUUCCCAGAGCUCUGAAGACACCAUCAAGCACUGCCUCGGGAGGUUGCGCCUGGUGUACUGUAGCAGCAGCACCCAGCUACUUCUCACGCUGUACUCACUGGAAGCCACGUUCUGUAGCCGUCCCUCUCUUUGCCUUUUGAUUUUGGAUAGCCUGUCGGUGUUUUACUGGAUUGACCGGGUCAACGGAGGAGAAAGUGUCAACUUGCAGGAGUCGACCCUGAGGCAGUGUUCUCAGUUCUUAAAGAAACUGGUCCAUGAGUAUCGCCUGGUUCUCUUUGCAACAACACAAAGCAUAAUGCAGAAAGCUUCGAAGUCCCUGGAAGACCUGCCUCCCUCCUUCAAAGGGCCCUGUGAGGCAGAGGUGGACUACAGACCCUACCUCUGUAAGGCAUGGCAACAGGUGGUCAAACAAAGGAUCUUUUUCUCCAAACAAGAUGAUUCUAAAAGCAGCAACCAGUUUUCACUAGUGUCACGGCAUUUGAAAAGUAACAGAUUCAGGAAACUCUUUUUUGUUAUUACAGAAAGUGGGGUGAAAUUUUGUUGAGGCAUCUUAUAAAAUAACCUUUGAUCCUGAAACCUCAACUUCUGGGGAAAUUUCAGCACACGGUGUAUUAAACUGCUACAGUAAAACUUCA